AUGGACAGCAGGAAUGUCGUCGUUGCUGAUUUCGUUGCAGCCAAAAUCAUAGUUACUGGCCGGAGAAUUGAAUCUGAGAUUGAUCGCAAAGAAGAAGAAGAAGAAGAGCAUAGGCAACAGCAAAACAAGGGAGAUAUAUGGCCGAAAUCCAAAGCAAAACCCUCUCCCUUAACAAAACCUCACAAAAACCUCAAGAGCUCCGACGUCGUCGUCCCUUCCCGCAACCUCUGGUUCCGCCUCUACACUCCCACCGCCACCCCUACCACCAAGCUCCUCAUCAUCGUCUUCUUCCACGGCGGCGGGUUCGUCUUCAUGUCCGCCGCUUCAAAACCCUACGACGACUUCUGUCAACGCCUCGCUCGGGAGCUCCCCGCCGUCGUCGUCUCCGUCAACUACCGCCUCGCGCCGGAGCAUCGGUACCCGUGCCAGUACGACGACGGUUUCGACGUCCUCAAGUUCAUCGACGACAGUCAGAGCAGCUUGUUCGAGGGCGCGAAUCUCGGGCAGUGCUUUCUGGCCGGGGACAGCGCCGGCGGGAACAUUGCGCACCACGUGGCGAUCAGAGCGAGCGGGCACGAGUUUCGGGAGCUGCAGGUGGUCGGAAUGUUGGCGAUUCAGCCGUUUUUCGGUGGAGAGGAGCGGACGGAAUCGGAGACGAGACUGAAGAGUGUGCCGCUGGUGAACAUAGAGCGGACGGACUGGAUGUGGAAGGCUUUUUCGCCGGAGGGGUCGGAUCGGGACCAUCCGGUGGUGAAUGUGUUCGGGCCGAACGCGGUGGAUAUUUCGGGGGUGGAUUUUCCGGCGACGAUUGUGGUUGUUGGGGGAUUUGAUCCGUUGCAGGAUUGGCAGAAGAGAUACUACGAGGGAUUGAAGAAACGCGGGAAACAAGCGGAGCUGGUGGUGUUUCCAAAUGCCAUUCAUACUUUCUAUGCUUAUCCCGAGUUGGAUGACUCUUCUGUGUUUAUUAGCAGAGUCAGGGAUUUCGUACAAAACGCAAUUAGUUAAUGCUACUGAAACAACACUAUAACUAUUGUUUUUCGAUUUUCAAUUAUGUACCAAUUUGUUUGCCAGGAUAUAUGAAUGGUAAUAAAAUAUAAGA